AUGGUUCUGGCUGAUGAGUUCGGUAAGAACGGCGCAGCGAACGGAGCGGCGAACGGAGCCGCAAAAGCUGCCGCUGUGGAGGAGAAGAUUGGCGAAGGGUCGAAGGGUGUGGAGGAGCUUACUGUGGAGGAUCGGCCAUGGUUCGAGAAGGCUCGGGCUAGCAAUGUGCAGGUGUCCGUGACGCCAGGCGGGCGGUGGAAUCACUUCAAGACGUACUCCGUCAUCCAGCGCACCUUCGAGAUCUGGAGCUUCGUUAUUGCCUUCCUCGUUAAGGCGUGGCUGAUCAACCGGCCGUGGAUGUACCGCGGGGGAGUCACGGACGCGAAGAAGGGCGAGCGGCGGCGGGAGCUCGCGCGGUGGCUCAAGGAGGGGCUGCUGCGGCUGGGCCCCACCUUCAUCAAGAUCGGCCAGCAGUUCUCCACCCGCUCGGAUCUACUGGCUCAAGAGUACAUCGCAGAGCUCUCAGAGCUGCAGGACCAAGUGCCGCCGUUCGAAUCCGACACAGCCCUAGCCAUUGUGGAGUCGGAGCUAGGCAAGCCCAUCUACGAGGUGUUUGAGAGGUUCGACCGCGACCCCAUCGCGGCGGCCAGCCUGGGGCAGGUGCACCGCGCGCGGCUGCAGGGCAGGGAGGUGGUGGUGAAGGUGCAGCGGCCGGGGCUCAAGGACCUGUUUGACAUCGACCUCAAGAACCUGCGCGUGCUGGCCGUGAACCUCCAGAAGAUUGAUCCCAAAUCGGAUGGGGCUAAGCGGGACUGGGUGGCGAUUUACGACGAAUGCGCUUCGGUACUUUACGAGGAAAUCGACUACAUGAAGGAGGGGAAGAACGCGGACCGGUUCCGCGAGAACUUCAAGGACAUGGACUAUGUGAAGGUGCCCACCAUAUACUGGCAGUACACGACAUCGCAGAUGCUGGUGAUGGAGUAUACUCCAGGCAUCAAGAUCAACCGUAUUGAUGCGCUGGAUAAACUGCAGGUCGACAGGAAGAGGCUGGCUCGCUACUGUGUGGAGUCGUACCUGGAGCAGAUCCUCAGCCACGGGUUCUUCCAUGCCGACCCGCAUCCUGGCAACAUUGCAGUGGACGAUGUCAAUGGCGGCCGGCUCAUCUUCUACGAUUUCGGCAUGAUGGGAACCAUCCCCUCGGAUAUCCGUGAAGGAUUAGUCGAAGCAUUUUACGGGGUGUAUGAGAAGGACCCCGACAAGGUGUUGGACGCCAUGGUGCAGAUGGGUGUGCUCGUGCCCACAGGCGACCGCACCGCUGUGCGGCGCACGGCCCAGUUCUUCCUCAACUCGUUUGAGGAGCGCCUGGCACAGCAGCAGGCGGAGGCCAAGGCGAGCGCGCCCAUGACCAAGGAAGAAGCGCUGGCUAAGAGGAAGAUGCGGCUGUCGGCUAUCGGAGAGGACCUGUUGGCCAUCGCAGCUGACCAGCCGUUCCGAUUCCCAGCCACCUUCACCUUUGUGGUGCGCGCCUUCUCAGUGCUGGACGGCAUUGGCAAGGGGCUGGACACCAAAUUUGACAUCUCCGAGAUUGCCAAGCCCUAUGCUCUGGAGCUCCUUCGCUUCCGGGAGGUGGGCACCGAGCUUUUCUUCAAGGACUUGAAGAAGCGGUGGGACCGCCAAUCCCAGGCCUUCCGGAACCUUCUCAGGCAGCCCAGCCGCGUGGAGAAGCUUGCUGACGUCAUCCUGAGACUGGAGCAAGGUGACUUGAAGCUGAGAGUGCGGACUCUGGAGAACGAGAGAGCGUUCAAGAGAGUGGCGACUAUGCAAAACACCAUUGGCAGCGCCAUAGCAGCAGCCACCCUGAUGAAUGUGGCUUCAGCCAUGCACAUUGCCUCCCGCAAAACGCCUGCUACGUUGCUCCUGCUGGCCAGUGCCAUGUUUGGCAUGCGCGUUCUGAUUGGUCUCAUGCAAGUGAAGAAGCUGGACGAGCAGGAGAAGCUUAUUAUGGGUGUUGCAUGA